AUGGCGACCACCAUGGUACCGAACCCAUACGCCCAACAGGUUGCGUCCUACGGAUACGUCCAACCGCCUCAACCACCUCCAUCGCCCCCGAUGGACGACAACAAGUGCUCUCUGCCUUCCAUCUCCAACCUGCUCGGUCUGGCGGACGCUGGCUCGCCCACCACUGAGACUUCUCCCCAGAACCAGCAGGCGCAGCAGCAGCAAGUGGCCAGCCCGCAACAGACCCAGCAGCAGAUUCCUCAGCAGCAGGUUCAUCAGCAGCAGGUCCACCAGCAACAGCAGAUGGUUCACCAACAGCAAAUGCAGCAGAUGCACCAGCAGAUGCCUCAAGUCGCUUCUCCUGCCCCUCCCGCCCUGAUACCAGGCCCAACUCGGCACACUAUUCGCAACCCGCCCUGA